AUGUAUCCAAACGCCAUGGAAUAUUCCCUCGUUGAGCGACUUCAUCACUUUCCUCAACAUCCAUAUGAAUCUCAGUGUGCAUUGAGUCCCCACGACACAAAACUCUAUUCACAAAACAAUGAAAUCUUUGACAUGCAUUUCCCUAAUUAUAAUCAUCAAGACUUCCCACAAAAUGUAUUUCAACAAGAUGACAACGUUAAGAAAACUGGGAAGCAAAAAAACAAACUAAAUAAUCAAAUCAUUCGACAACGUCAGCUUAGGAGGAAUGAACGCGAACGAGCUCGUCAAAACAGACUUAAUGAUGCUUUCGAUGUUUUGCGAGGCGCUAUCCCAGAUUUUCUUGCACCGUACAAGAAAGGACAAAAACUAACACAGAUUGAAACUUUGCGACUUGCACGACAUUACAUAUCCUCUUUGAAAGAAUUACUGGACACAGAACAAACCUCCUAAUCCUUUUUACUACUGUGAACAAAGAUAGAAUUUGACUCCAUGGGACAACAUGAUACGCUUGUUUUCAAAUCAAGUGACCAAUUAUUUGUAUAUAACUAAUUUGUAAAAUAUGUGUAAAUAUGUAUACAUUAGAGAUUUAGAUUUGAAAUUUUGACUAGAAAAUAUUUUAUACUU